UUCAUUAACAAAAUGAUUGGGAGGGGUAAAACUAAUUUUGAGAGGUUUCUCGAAUGUUCAUCUCCACGUGUCCCGAUUCAAUAUUAUACUCAGAGAGAGGGAUCGUCUUCUUCAUCAUCAUUAGCUUUAGGAGCUAUUGAAGAAGAAGAAGUGAGAAAGCCUCGCAUCGUCCUCGGAGAUAUUUGGUCUGCCUGUGCCGACUGGAGCGCUGAUGGUCUCCAAGUUCCUCUUUCGCUGGAAAACUUCGACUCCGACGUUAAACAUCACUAUCUUCCUUCACUCUCCGCCAUUCAGAUCUUCACCAUCAAACCCUUCUCUGAUGAUUCAAGGAGCUCUGCCAUUGAGAUAGAUGCUACAGAGACAGGCUCUGCUAAACCUGAGUCUGACAGCAACUUUAAGCCUCGGUUUUCCGAUGAUCACUUGGGGUACCUUUAUUUUCAAUAUGAUGAGAUAACAUUGCCAUUUAAGAGGACUACUCUAACUUUCAAGAUGGAGGAUUUAGCUGCGCAGCACACUGGACUGUCUAGUUUGACGAGUUCAGAUCUUUCUCCAUAUAGCUGGAUUUCGAUAGCUUGGUAUCCCAUUUAUCCAAUUCCAUCAGUGAGAAUGAACGGAAUAUCUGCCGCUUUCCUAACGUACCAUUUAUUGACGCCAAACUUUCCAGAAACAAUUGGUAAAGAUGAUAAGGGGAAUGAACAAGGAGGGUCAAGUACAGCAGAAGUUCUACUUCCUCCAUUCGGAGCAGUGACUUACAAGGCCUUUGGUGAUAUGUGGAUCAUGCCUGGGACAUCAGAUUAUCAGAAGAGAGAGAUGCAUGAAGAAUCUGCUUCCUCAUGGCUGCAAACACGCGGCUUCUCUCACAGCGAUUUCAGCUUCUUCAUGUCCCAUAAGUUUAAUGGUGGGCCCUACUGAUGCCAUCUUGCUGGUGAAAUGCUAAGCCUAGCAAUGGAGUCUUGUCAUCGUAUGAAAACAUUUCUGCUGUAAAACAUGCUCUAUCUCUCUAUCUCUGACUUUGGUGCUGUCUUUGGCUUCUGCUGUUCUUUACUUUUGAGGAUUAUUUUUCUUUAAAUUUGUCAAGAGGAUGAUUUUACUUGCUAGUAUUUUGGGUCAACAAAACUAAAGGCUCUAUUUUAUAAG